UUUGCGUGGCUCUGAAUCUCCACAGAUUCAUUCUUCUGCCUCAAAUUUUAUAAAUUUCCCGUUUUUUGACGCCUGCCCACUUCACGUUUUGCGUGUUGUUAGUCUUGGGUUUCCCUCAAAACCUGAACUUUCCUCGUCGAUUGCACGAUUGGUUCCAUUCCCAGUCUUUUUUUCUAACUUGUGAGGUUGUUUCAUGCAACUAUGGUGAUAUGGUAUUGGUCAUUGAUUGGACAGGCUGAUUGGUGAUUCGUCAAUUUGAGUAGAAGUCCGUUUCGCCUGGAUUCAGCUCCACGCUUCUGUUGAUUGCUUUCUUUUAUUUGUCCAAGUUGAUUCGCAAAGAUGGCGGAUGUGGCCAAGGAUUUGACUGCAGGAACAGUUGGUGGGGCAGCACAAUUGAUUGUUGGUCACCCCUUUGAUACCAUCAAGGUCAAGCUCCAAAGUCAGCCAGCUCCAGCCCCUGGCCAACCUCUCAAGUACUCGGGUGCCAUGGAUGCAGUAAGACAAACAAUGGCUGCCGAAGGCCCAGGCGGUUUGUACAAAGGCAUGGGAGCCCCACUUGCCUCAGUGGCGGCCUUCAAUGCCGUCCUCUUCACCGUGAGGGGGCAAAUGGAGGCAUUACUGAGGUCCGAACCCGGUGCCCCUUUAACCAUCAAUCAGCAGGUUGUUUGUGGGGCUGGGGCUGGACUUGCUGUUUCCUUCCUUGCUUGCCCUACUGAAUUAAUUAAGUGCAGGUUGCAGGCACAAAGCGCUCUGGCAAGUGCUGGCCCCACUACUACCGUGGCAGUUAAGUAUGGAGGACCAAUGGAUGUGGCAAGGCACGUUCUGAAAUCGGAAGGUGGUACACGAGGUCUGUUCAAGGGCUUGGUUCCCACUCUGGCCCGUGAAGUACCAGGAAAUGCUGCAAUGUUUGGCGCCUAUGAGGCGAUGAAGCAGUACCUGGCUGGAGGGCAUGAUACUUCUGGAUUGGGACGAGGGUCGUUAAUCGUGGCUGGAGGCCUGGCAGGAGCAUCCUUCUGGGCUUCGAUCUACCCAAUUGACGUUGUGAAGAGUGUGAUUCAGGUAGAUGACUUCAAAAAUCCAAAGUAUUCGGGUUCUUUCGAUGCUUUUAGAAAGAUUCUGGCCUCAGAGGGUGUCAAAGGACUGUACAAGGGUUUCGGAACUGCAAUGACCAGAAGUGUUCCUGCAAAUGCCGCGUGCUUCUUGGCUUAUGAAGUGACGAGAUCGAGCUUGGGAUGAAUUGGGCCAAACAUAUUGUUUGCUUAUGUGGGAUUUCCUUUUGUAUCCGUUGACUGGGGCCAUCGCAGGAUAUUCUUCAGCAAUUUGGUUGCAGAAUCUCGAUUCUUCAAAAAUCUUGUAAUUGUCGCUCAAUUGAUGAUGACUAAGUAGUGGCAUCUUUAUGCAGCAAUUGCAAGGUCUUCAUUUCGUAA